CUCCUGCCCGCCGUGCGGCUCGCGCUGCAGCUCCUCUGUGGGACCACGGCGCGCGGCCGCUCCGCUCAUCCCGCUCCGAGCACAGCCCGGGCGCCCGUCGCCAGCAUGGAGGCUCGCCGCGUGCCGCAAAAGGAUCUCAGAGUAAAGAACUUAAAGAAAUUCAGAUAUAUGAAGUUGAUUUCCAUGGAAACCUCGUCAUCCUCUGAUGACAGUUGUGACAGCUUUGCUUCUGAUAAUUUUGCAAACACGAAACCUAAAUUCAGGUCAGAUAUCAGUGAAGAACUGGCAAAUGUUUUUUAUGAGGACUCUGAUAAUGAAUCUUUCUGCGGCUUUUCAGAAAGUGAGGUGCAAGAUGUGUUAGACCAUUGUGGAUUUUUACAGAAACCAAGGCCAGAUGUCACUAACGAACUGGCCAAUAUUUUUCAUGCUGACUCUGAUGAUGAAUCAUUUUGCGGUUUCUCAGAGGGUGAGAUACAAGAUGGAAUGAGACUGCAGGCAAAUCGCGAAGGCUGUAGGACCCGAAGCCAGUACAGACAUUCUGGACCUCUCAGGGUGGCGAUGAAGUUCCCAGCACGAAAUACCAGGGGGGCAGCCAACAAAAAAGCAGCACCCCCCAAGCUCUCAGAGAAUUUUGUGACGGAUUCCAAUUCUGAUUCAGAAGAUGAAAGCGGCAUGAACUUUCUUGAGAAAAGGGCUUUAAAUAUAAAGCAAAACAAAGCAAUGCUUGCAAAACUCAUGUCAGAAUUAGAAAGCUUCCCUGGUUCUCUCCCUGGAAGACGUUCCUUCCCUGGCCCAAGAUCAGUAAAUCAAUCAAAGACGCCCCGAAGGCGUACAUUUCCAGGUGUGGCUUCCAGGAGGAACCCUGACCGGAGAGCUCGACCUCUGACUAGGUCAAGGUCCCGGAUCCUAGGGUCCCUUAGUGCUCUUCCCACAGAAGAGGAGGAGGAAGAAGAGGAAGAGGAUAAGUUCAUGCUGGUGAGGAAGAGGAAGACUGUGGAUAGCUACAUGAAUGACGAUGAUAUGCCCAGAAGUCGGCGCCCGGGAUCCAUGACCCUUCCACAUAUCAUUCGCCCAGUGGAAGAAAUCACAGAGGAAGAUUUGGAGAAUAUCUGCAGCAACUCUCGAGAGAAGAUAUAUAACCGUUCCCUGGGAUCUACUUGUCAUCAGUGCCGACAGAAAACAAUAGAUACUAAAACAAACUGCAGAAACCCAGACUGCUGGGGCAUUCGAGGCCAGUUCUGUGGUCCCUGCCUUCGAAACCGUUAUGGUGAAGAGGUCAAGGAUGCUCUGCUAAAUCCAAACUGGCAUUGUCCACCUUGUCGAGGAAUCUGCAACUGCAGUUUCUGCCGCCAGCGAGAUGGGCGGUGUGCAACUGGGGUCCUUGUGUAUUUAGCCAAGUAUCAUGGCUUUGGGAAUGUGCAUGAUUACUUGAAAAGCCUGAAACAGGAAUUUGAAAUGCAAGCAUAAUACCCACAAACCUUCCGCUUCUCACACUACCCUUGAAGUUCUCAGUUUUGUCAUUGAUUGGAACCUGAGUUAAGAGUCUUGAUGAUCAGUCUGUUUUAUAGGAAACUCGAAUCAAGUUCAUCUUGUUCUGGAACAUCACAGGAGGCAUUUGGCAGGUUACACUUCACCCUCCUGUAGUUUGUCCUCUGCUUCCCCUGUCCCCCAUUUCAGAGCCUCCCUGUCUUUUUCCAGUGGUCCGCUCUGGUCACUUAGAUUCAGAAUUCUUUUUAAAUGACAAUUGUAUAAAAGCAUAUUUGAUUUAAUUGGUAUUGAAAGAGCCCUGAAAUCCACCCAUAAAACCUGAGCACUUAGAAACACAGUACAAAAGUGUUAACUGUUCCAUCGAAUUCCAGAGAAUAGCCCUCUAACUUGUUUACACAAAAACAAUGGUUAUGAUUUUAAUGUUCACACUAGUUAACAUUUUUAACAGAAUCAAGGCAUGAAAAUCUUAGAACCAUGUGGAAAAAUUAGGUAAUUGUUGUGAAAUGGAGUAUAUUACUUUGGAUGCCUCUCAUGAGAAUACCCCAUGUAUUGUGGUAACUAUAUAACUUGUCACAGUCGAGACUUUGUUGUUGCUGAUUUCUUCUACCCUAAAGUUAAGUGGUGCAUGCUGUUUACAGUCAUUCAAAGGUUUGUGGGCAACAUUAUACUGCACUACUUAAAACUAUUGUCUAAGAGACAUUCUGGGAAGUUAGGAUGGAGAGACCUCAAAGUAGUCUGAUUUAAAUUCUUUCUAUAAAAGUUUUUAGAAACUUGAUAAUACCUGGUCUAUCAUUCUUUGCCAUUUCUUAUAUUAUCCCUGGGUGUUGCUAUGUACAGAGAUUUUGUUGAGGUUUUAAGCACUUUUAUAACAAUGAGAAGUGCCUGUUUAGCGAUGAGUAACUUUCAGUGGUUUUUUAACUUGGUGUCUCUGCUGUUUUAGUUUCUGGGCAGAUUUCAUGUGUCAUCCCUUCCCUUUCUUUUUCCGUAAAUCAUUAUUUGGUAGAAGUGGAAUUUAAAGUGUGUGUCCAGUUUAUUUGCAUGUAUAGCUUAUUGCUGUACCCAUUCAGAGUUUGAUGCUUAAAUUGGACUUUGAAUCAAUAAGUGUAAAUACAGCUUUUGAUCUGUAAUGCUUUUAUACAAAGGUUUUUAUUUUAAUAAUAAAACAUUUUGUUGUAAA